GAAGGAAGAAUGGAGUUCCCAGAUCAUAGCCGCCAGUUACUGCAGUGCCUGAGUCAGCAACGUCACCAGGGCUUCCUGUGUGACUGUACUGUCUUAGUUGGAGACGCUCAAUUCCGAGCUCACCGAGCCGUUCUCGCCUCUUGCAGCAUGUACUUCCAUCUUUUCUACAGAGACCAGCUAGACAAAAGGGACAUUGUGCAUCUGAACAGUGACAUUGUCACGGCCCCAGCCUUCAGCUCGCUGCUGGAAUUCAUGUACGAAGGCAAGCUGGAGUUUGACAGCCUUCCGGUCGAAGACGUCCUGGCUGCAGCCAGCUACCUUCACAUGUACGACAUUGUGAAAGUCUGCAAGGGCAAGUUGAAAGAUAAAGAAUCGUGCGGGGAGGAGAAGACGAACGGCAGCGGCGUUGGGGCCCCUCUGGAGAAGGACGUGCGGGGGGUCCUGGAGAACGGAGCACCCUUGGGAGAUCGGCCGAAAUUUGUCACUGCAGAAUACGAAAGAUCCUCCGCUGGGACAGAGAAGGGCAGCGGUUACCCUGGCUGGUCGGCUGAGCUUGUCAAUAUCAGUUCUGCGUUAGCAGAGGCCGAACUGGACACCGUGGCAGCUGAAAAAGCAAGCACAGAUGUCGGGGGUUCAGAGGGACAUUCGUCCCAAAGGUCUGUGAGCUGCCCCUUGGUUUCCGGUGAUGCUGAAUGUGCUUUAGAUCUGUCUUUCAAGCCGGUGGCUGGAAGAGAUUCUUUCCACACCACCACCUCCUCCUCCUCCUCGUACGUCUUUGGACAGCUGGCUUCCGAGGGGCAACAGCAGGGUAGCAAGCCCCUUAUUAAAGAUGAGCCGGAGUCCCUCUCUGACGAGGAGGCGAGAAGCCCGGAGAGUCAGCACUUUGAGCGCUCUGCCAAGAGCUUGGUGACGGGCUUAGGGAACAUUUUUGUGGGGAACGGCGAUUCGCAUGUGCCGGAAGAGGAAAUGGAUCAAGAGCGGGAGGUGAGUGAGGACGACCUGGAUUCUUCGGACAUUUCUUCUUCGGGGGUGUUGGUGCCCCCCGGGCACAUCUGCGUCUGCCCGCUCUGCAGCAAAGUCUUCCCUAGCUCCCAUGUUCUGCAGCUGCAUCUCAGCUCGCACUUCCGCGAUAAGGACGGCGCCCGGACCAGGCUGUCCCCCGACGGCUCGGUCCCGACUUGCACCCUUUGUGGCAAGACUUUUUCCUGCAUGUACACCUUAAAAAGACACGAGCGGACUCACUCGGGCGAGAAGCCGUAUACCUGUGGCCAGUGUGGGAAGAGCUUCCAGUAUUCCCACAACCUCAGCCGCCACGCCGUGGUCCACACACGGGAGAAGCCCCACGGCUGCAAGUGGUGCGAGAGACGCUUCACCCAGUCGGGUGAUUUGUACAGACACAUCCGCAAGUUUCACUGUGGCCUUGUGAAGUCGCUGGUGGUGUGAGAGGCUAGUUCUUGGGUUGCAGAAGGAAAAAGAGAGAGAGAGAGAGGCUGUUAACUUUUCUACGCUGUGUUGAUUCACGUGGGGCAAACCAUGUUG